AUGCGUCUGGUGGCCAGUGGUCUUCGUCGUCGGAGGAGGCGGAGGCCCGAGUGGUCAGGCAACGAACGAAUGGCGUGUAUACGGCCGGAUGUCAGUCAAGUCAGGGCGUCGCUGUCGGUCGGUCGGUCGACGACCGCCAUGGAGAUGAGCCCGACCGACCGCGUGCUGCGCGCCGUGGCACCGUCGUCGUACAAUGGAUGGUUGAACGAGCCGAGCCGCAGCGCGACAGCAAUUAUUCAAACGUUGCAUUUAGACCGAUACGUCAAUUGCCCUCAUUCAGUCAUAAUCGGCCGUCGUCGUCGUCGUCGCCGCCGCCUUCUUCGAUGA